GCCAUUUCUCCCGAAGGUUUCUUUAAGUCUUCUAAAGCCUGUUUUUGGCAUGUCUCUCUUCUCUUCUUUUUGUUUAUUUCCCCUCAUGUGUGCACGCACUUCCCAACUUCCCAACUUCCUCACUUUUCUCACUGUCUCUCUCCAUUUCCCCCCUGUUAUUCCAUUUUAUGCACACUGCAUUCUAGAGCCUUUUUCAUUUCAUUUUCUAUCUAAUUCCAGCCACUGCUUUCAAAGCUCAUUCCUUUCAACAUUUUGUAUUUACUUCCCCCCCCCUUUACUCGACACGGUGACUAAAUGUCGGCAGAGCACAAAAAUGUGGUUGUAGCAGUGCGGUGUCGGCCGUUGAAUUCGCGCGAAAUAAAGAGGGGCGCCUCGUGCCUCGUGUCUAUGGGCGGUCAGCAGACAGUGCUCGACAAGCCCGAGGCCUUACACAAUAUCAACAGCAAUAUUAGCAGCAAGCCCGUGGACAAGACUCGGCGAACGUACAACUUUGAUUACUCGUACUGGACGGCCGGCGACAUCAACGAUUCUCGGUACGCCAGCCAGGAGGUGGUAUUCAACGACAUCGGCCACUCAGUGUUAGAGCACGCUCUGUCAGGGUACCACUGCUGCGUGUUUGCAUACGGCCAGACGGGCAGCGGCAAAUCUUACACGAUGAUGGGCGGCAGCGGCAAAGAGGCAGGGCUGAUUCCUCGGAUAUGCGAGCAGCUGUUUGCCAGGGUCGCCAGGGGCACCCCCGACGCUUCGUACCGCAUCGAGGUGUCAUAUCUGGAGAUUUACAACGAACGGGUCCGCGAUCUGCUCAACCCGCAAGGUGCGAGCAAUCUGCGAGUGCGUGAACACCCGUCGCUAGGACCCUAUGUCGAGGACCUGACAAAGGCCGCGGUCGACUCGUACAGCGCUGUGUUCGAGCACAUGAGUCAGGGCAACAAGGCGCGCACCGUGGCCGCCACCAGCAUGAACGAGGUCAGCAGCCGGUCGCACGCGGUGUUUACAAUUGUCCUCAGCAGGCGCUCGGCCACUGGAUCUGCCGGCCAGAUCACCGAGCGUGUGUCGCGCAUCAGCCUGGUUGAUCUGGCCGGCAGCGAGCGUGCGGACGCGACAAUGGCGACCGGCGUUCGGCUAAAAGAGGGCGCCAAGAUCAACCAGUCGCUGGCAGUGCUUGGCAAAGUAAUAUCGGCGCUGGCAGAUCGGGAGAAGAAGCCACAUGCGGACAGCACCAAGACAGCCACGCGCGAGUCAUUCGUGCCAUAUCGCGACAGCGUGCUCACAUGGCUGCUCAAGGACUCCCUCGGUGGCAACUCGCGCACGUUUAUGAUUGCGGCAGUGUCCCCGGCCGAUUACGCCGAGACACUAAGCACGCUGCGCUAUGCCGACCGCGCCAAGCGCAUUGUCAACCAGGCGACGGUCAACGAGGACGCAACGAUCCGGCUGGUGAGCGAUCUCAAGGCAGAGGUGGCCCAGUUACGGCGACGCUUGGCGCAAGAAGAGACCAGCAAGGACCUGGAAGACCAGCUGGCAGCCAGCGAGAAGCUAGUCGUCGAGCUCAACACGACGUGGGAGGAGAAGCUGUAUCGCACGCAGAAGAUCCAGGCCGAGAGGGAGCGCGCGCUGGCUGCCCUGGGCAUAGCGGUGGACACAAACCGCGAGGGUCACGGCGUUGGGCUACACGCGCCUCGGGAUAUUCCGCACUUGGUCAACCUCAGCGAGGACCCACUGAUGUCCGAGUGCCUGGUGUACAACCUCAAGCCCGGCAGAACGCUGGUCGGGGCGGGCGACGACGUCGACAUUCGGCUGGGCGCGUCCGGUGGCGUGGCGCCUCUGCACUGCUACUUUGAAUAUAACGCUGCCAGCAGCACCGUUCUUCUGCACCCGCGCGACGAAUGCCUGGUGAUGGUCAACGGGCAGCAGGUCCGGCAGCCAAAGGAGCUCAAGUCGGGAUACCGCAUGAUUAUCGGCUCCUCGUUUGUGUUCCGUCUUAACCAUCCGCAGCAAGUGCGCCAGGACCGCCUGCGAGCGGCCGACAGCAGCCAGGCUGAGGAGUACAUCGACGACAAUGCGGAUUGGCAGUACGCGUGGAACGAGGCCCACCCGGACAGCACGCCAAACCCGGGGCCAUACUACUCGCCAAGCAACUGGAGCGACUCGCAAAGCGAAAUGUCGGACGUGCCUGACAACACGUCGUCGACCGCAUAUUCUGCGCUGGCCAGCUCUCACCACUACGCGCACUUGCACGCCCCCGAGGGCAACCUCCGGCGGCCGUCGUCACAAGCAUCUGUGCGCCGUGCCAUCAGCAUCAGCACCGGUGCGCCGCAGCGUCAGCGGCGCAGCUCGGUGGCAACCGACAUUACAGCGCUCCAAAGCUCCUCGUUUGAUUCACGACAGCGGCCGCGCGGUCAAACCAUUUCGGGGCUUAAUAUCUCGGGGGCACGACCGCCCAGGCGACUAGGGCCCUAUGUGUCUCCCGUAGAGAGCAGUAUUGCUGCCGAAGCGCGCGAGCGGCAGAUGUGGGAGAGGCGCCUGGCACGGCUGGUGCUCGCGCAGUGGCGGCGGCACAAGCUAGUCAAGGUCGGUGAGACGAUGCUGCGCAAUGCUGUGUAUCUGAAGGAGGCCAACGUUAUUGGCAAGGAGCUCGGGCAGAAGGUGGUCUAUCAGUUCGCCAUUCUGCGCGGCGGCGCUGACGUCUAUCCGGCCUCGCCACUCGAGCCGGACGCGCUGCCAGCGCUGCUGUCGGACUGGGACACAAUCAACAUGCCCAGUGACAACGACACCGCAGGCGGCGGCAAAGGGUCUACGUGGCAGACCAAAUCGCUCGGCCAUCCGCUGCUGGACUCGUCUGAUGGGACGGUGCCCGAGGUUGUUGUCAAAGUGCUGGACAUUGGGCACACGUGCUGGUAUGUGUGGUCACUGGCCAUGUUCCACGCGCAGCUCGCCAAGAUGCGCGGUCUGUCGACAGUAAAGGGCUCGUACCGCGCGCAUCUGGUGCUGGAUCCGUUCCAUGCCACCCCUGCGCCGCGCUAUUCGUGCAUCGGGUCUGCGACGUACCCUAUCUGGCCCGGCGACCGGCCGUACUCUGCGAAAAUUGACGCCCCCGUCAUUGAUUCGCUCAGCGGUCUCGAGCGUGGCCGCAUGCAAGGCAGCUUGGCGGCGCUGCCCAUCCGCCAGAGCAACAGGGCGGGGAGCGCACGCGCGUGGAACGUAAUCGUGCAUGUCAAGUCGCUUAAUGGCGUCAGCGAGAGCGAGAUGACAGCAGUUCACUGCCGCCUUCGCUUGACUCGAAUGCGUGGGCUGCUUCCGACAACACCCACGGCGAUUGAUGACACGAGUUUGGUGGGCCAGCCUAAUAGCGGCCAGCCAUCUGCGCCAAACUCGCCGGUGAUGGUCAGCGUGUCAGCCGACCAGGCUGCCCGGCACAACAGCCCGCUGGCAGGCUUUGGCAACGGUCCAGUCAAUGUGCAGUUUAGGCAGCAGUGGACAAUUGACAUGCUGACGGUAGACACGUGCGUUGUCAUCGAGUUUUUUGGAAUUGCGCAGCCGCUGGCCUUGCGCCGGGCAUUCCAUGAGGAUGUGCAGAUUGAGCAAGCGCUACAGCUUGGCGUGCCGCUGCAAUUGGGUGGCAACGGUGGCAGCAGUGGCAUCAAGUUGGGCUGUGAGGCCGAGUCGGCCAUGUCAGCAAGCCAGAACCUUCUUGUCGAGCGGCUGCACGAGGAGGAACUGUUUGUGGACUCGCAGCAUGAGCUCGCAGUCUGGGUGCGUGUGCUGGAGUUGGGACUCGACGGACAGUGGGAGCGUGCGCCGUGCAGUGCCGCCGGACUUACCUCGUCAGCGGCUUUUUUGAUGCGGCAGGGGCUGCAGCGCCGCGUGGAGGUUGUUGUCGGUCACAACGCCAGCAAACACCUUCAUGUUUCCAAAGUCAUUGGCCUGCGCAUUGGGUGUCCCGUUCUGGUUGACGAAAAGGGCCGCCUUGUUGGUGGUAGCAAUGGAAUCAGCAGUAGCAGCAGCAUCGGCGGGCAGGGCGGUCGGAUGAUGGCAGACCUGCCGAUCACCAGGGCGCUGCUGGCCGGAGACAGCGAUGCCGGCGGCUCAAGGCUGGACAACCGCUGCUUUGUACAGGUCGCUGCUUCGUGGGACACAUCUGUAUUUGGCUCGCGAUUGCUCGACAUGCCUACAGGCAAGGGCAUGCGCGUCAAGAUGUCGCUCGAGUUGGCCCUGGAGAUCGACAACGGAGCCGGCCCGUUAAGCUUGAUCACCGACAUUUUUGUGCAGAUUCACUCGCGCCAGGCAGCCGUCGCUGGCCGCGGCUGGUUGGCCUCGAUUGCAGAGAGCGCUGGUGGUCUCUUCCGCCCCAGUAGCGGUAAUGGCAAUGGCAACAGCAACAACAUAAGCAUAAGCAGUGGAGCUGGCAGUAUCUACGGCGCAGGCAGCAUUAUGCGCACUCGGAGCAGCAUCAGCAUAUUAGACAUGAUGCGGGCCUCGUCCGACGCCAUUAGCAGCAGCAGCAGCAAUACUGACAGCCCACCGCUCAGCGAUCCCAUGUUUCGCGUGUUUUCGGUUACGCUCAGCCCGACCGAAACCGUGCGUGGCAAGGGCAAUCUCUGGCGCCUGAAUACGGCUAAAAAGUACGUGCGCGGCGAGGAGACACUGCUGCCUUGGCAGCCCCGCAGUGUGCGCUUUGUUGACGAGUAUCACCGCCAGGAGCACGAGGACGCCUGGCGCCUGUCGGUGGCACGCACCCGCGAGCACCUUGAAGCCCUCGGCCCGCUUGCAUCCCAGCCGGCUGACAAGGCCGCAGUGCAGCGUUCCUUGGACCACUCGUUUCCCAGUGAGUCGCAGCCGCCGCUGUCUACGCGGCAGCAGCGGAUCCUGGACAUUGUCUACGAAGCUGUGCGCAGAAUAUCAGAGUUCCGUCGGAUUCCCGAAAGCAGCCUCGGUCUACAGCAGGAGCCGCUGCAGGACAGCGUGCACACCGAUCGUGGCGGUGGCGAGAUCAACAGCAGCAGCGAUCAUAUGGACCCCGAUAAGCUCAGAAAGCAGGUUGUCAGGCGCCUGCCCUGCAAUAUACUCCCUAUCUCUAUGCAGGGCCACUUUUGCCAUCGCGGCUGGGUUGACAUCCUGGACACCAAUGCGGCGCCCGACACAUGGACCAAAAGGUGGUUUGUCGUCGAGCGGCCUUACAUAUUCGUGUUUGUCGACAAGGACUGCCGCUUCCUCGACAACGUCAUCAACAUCGCCUCUGCGCGCGUCAGCGUCGACCCACACGUCUCCGAGAUGCUUGGACGGCCAAAUGUCCUGGCGCUGUACACCAACACCAACGCGUACUUGCUCAGCCCGCCAGCCGAUGACGUGCAAAAGUGGAUCUCGGCCAUUGACGAGUGGUAUUUUAUGCUUAUAUGACAGUAUUUUUUUGUAACAUUAAAACCAUGG